AUGAAGCCGAACAACGGAGAGGAGAUCUCGGACUAUUUGUCUAGGUACUUAGAGGUGUGCGCGGAGGUUGAAGGAUGUGAUGAGCGGACGACUGCCACGUCCUUUAAGAUUGGGCUGUACGACGGAUGUAAGCUCAAGGAGUCACUGACAUUGUAUGAGCCUAACACCAUAGCAACCCUGCAGGACAGAGUCCGGAGAUACGCAAAGGUUAACGUAACCAAAGAUGAAAGAACGGCCUCACAAAGGAAAGAGGAAAGAGAGUCCCAGAAUGGCCGAUUUGGACAAGAUGGCAUAAGGGUGUCAGGCCGGGCUGAGCACAAUAGGUCAGGAAGGAGUUCAGACAAUUCUGUUGAGUUCAACAUGCCAAUCCACAAAAAUUUUUAUGAGGUCAGGGAUCAACCGUUCCUAGUCCGUCCUCCAAAAAUGUUAGGGAAUCCAAACCGAAGAGACAAAAAGAGAUACUGCGCAUUCCAUAGAGAUGUGGGCCACACGACUGAGGAGUGUAACAAUCUACUGGAACAUCUAGAAGAGCUAGCAAGACAAGGAAAGCUAGUAAAGUAUCUGAAGAAUAUUGGAACUGAGAACAAUAAGAGUCGAGAUAGUGCCAUGAAAAGCGGGGGCACAUGGUCUCUAUGA